GGAGAAGAGAGGCUGACAGAGAGGAGAGUGAGCAAGAAGAGAGAGAAUUAGAGAGAGGGAGCCAACAAGAGUACGAGAGGGAGAGUGAGAAUAUAAGAGAGAGAGAAUAGGAGGGAGGGAGGGAGAGAGUGAGUGCCUGGAACACAAUUUCACACACAUUCACACACACAGGGAGACGGAUCUCUGCUGCAGCUCCCUGCUGGAUUUAGUGGAUUCACAACCUCUUCCCUUUCACUUGUGGUUGGGUCACGUCACAGGAGAGCGAGCCAACGUGCCCUAGGGGUCCCGGGGAAUGGAGGACAGUAUGUGACCGGUGCCUAACUAGCCGCUCCGCUUCACUGUCGGCAACAUGCAUCACCUUCACCGGAUGAUGGCUUUGUGCUUAUGGUGCUCUCUCCUCGCCAUUCUUCUCCACACGACAGUGUUUGCGGAUGAAGAGGCGGAUCUUACGAAGCCGACAGGACCGCCUGCCAGUAAGGGAUGGUCCAGUUGGCUAGGCUCGUACAUGCCAAAGCAGCCCAGCUUGUCCAGGAUCCCAUCACUCCCGGCGGCGCCGUCGUUUCCGUUUUCUUCGCUCAACCCGUUUGGAGGGAAGUCACAGACUAAGAAUGCAGGGCCCCAAAGGACCACACCAUCAGAGGGACCAACAAAGGAACUGUCAAAGGGACUGAUAGAGAGACCAACAGAGGGACCAACAGAGGGACCAACAAAGGAACCAACAGGGGGACCAACAGAGAGACCAACAGAGGGACCAACAGAGGGACCGACAGAGGAACUGUCAAAGGGACCAACAGAGGAACUGUCAAAGGGACCAACAAAGGAACUGUCAAAGGGACCAACAGAGGAACUGUCAAAGGGACCAACAAAGGAACUGUCAAAGGGACUGAUAGAGAGACCGACAGAGGGACCAACAGAGGGACCAACAGAGGGACCAACGGAGCCUGAGAAUUCACCGGGACAUUCAGGGUCUGUGGAGGAGAGUAUUAAUAAAAGCCCUCAGUCCUCCACCAUCACCUCUUGGACUGAAGGUCACCCGAGCUCCACUGAGAUAAGAACCGUAACAAACCCACAGACAGUCACUCCUAACAAGAACACACAACCAAACACCCAAGAUAUCUUAGAUUCUAUAACCGCUGUCUUAGAUUCCAUAUCCUCUAUUUAUAUGUCACAGGGGGUUGAUAUAUCCUCCGAUAGUCUCACCAGCACAAACAUACUGCCAAAGACAAUAACACACGGAUACCUGUCAACAGAAACGUCCCAAACGCCAAAGCACAGUUGGAGUGUCACCACUAAAUCUUUCCCCAAGGAAACGAAGAUCCAAGAUGAACUAGUUCCCCAGGGUGACCCUCUCACAGCCUCUGUCCCACACCUAACGUCCCCACAAACCACAGUCCCCACAACCCUGGUCACAACUCCACCAAGGAUCACCGUCAACCUAACACAGGUAGAGACCACACUGACCAGACAACCCUUUGACUCUGGCACCCCACCCACUUCUCCACAAACCAGGGUCACCACAAGACGUCUGGCCUCGACCGUAAGCACCGACAUUGGAACUAAAGAGGCCCCGGUCACCGAAACUCAUUCCAGUCAGAGUUCACCAGACCUGGGUGUUUCCGAGGCCAAAGCAGGGCCUGUGGAGGAACGACUGGGAGCAAACACCACCACCAGGACAGACGAUAGAACACUAAGGGUUAACUCACCAACACCCGGAGGUAACCUUCCUGAUCCUGAAGACUGGCUGUCCGACCCAACGGGCAGUGAAACCACCUACCUCCCAGACUGCAAUCAGGAACGUUCGGGAAUCUGCAACAUCUCCGACACCUGGGCACCGCCCACCACCUCUGACGUCCUCCCCACCGCCAACACCCCCUCCACCAACCAAUCAAAUAACCCCUUCCUGAUUCCGGCCCGGCCCAUGUUCGUAUCCCUGCAUUCUGAUUGGAACAGCGCCAUGGCCGCCUGGGGGUUAGCCUGGGAUGCACACGUGUACGGUCUGGGCUCCAUCUUCGCCAUGGUGACCCUGGCCUCGGCGCUCAACCUGCUGUGCCUGCCCCUGCGCUGCCCUUCCGGCUGUGGCUACUUCGCCCUGGUCAGUGUCUUCCUCCUGGCUGCAGGGUGUACCAGGGCUUUCUCCCUCCUCUAUGAUGCCUACGGCCACCAGGACCGGCUGCCCUCCACCGAGGCCUCCCUGCUGCUCUACGAAGCCCCGUUCCCCUGCCUGACUGCAGCCUUCGGCCUGGUCUUCCUGCUCCUCUCUAUGCGCUCCAGGAUGCAGCUAUCCUACUCAGCCUUCCAGAGACCCUGUUUCCUGGCCUGUCUGGUGUUGCUGCACUUCGCAGCAGCUUUUGGUCCUGUAGCACUGCUGAGGCUCUACCAGAGGAGGGCACCCUUCUGCCUCUUCAUCUCGCUCAUCUCCCGGGGAACGUUUGUGGCGCUGGUUUCUUUUCUAUCGGUCGCCUAUUUUGUGUUUUUCUGCUACGUACGGGCGGACUCAAAGCAUAUUUACCACCUGAAUAACACCUCGCCCACGCCAGCUGAGCGAUACAACCGCUGUCCAUUCGCAGAGAGCAGGGACUGGGACCGUGCGGCUGCGACAGUGUGCCUUUCGGCUCUGUUCUGCCUGGCAUGCGCCGGGCUGCAGCUGUACGCCAUGCUCCACUCUCUGGGGCUCGCCGGAGGAGCAGAUGUGUUCCGCCCCUGGCCUUGGUGGACCUUCCAGCUCAGCUGCAGGGUUUGUGAGGCCGGAGUUUGUCUCACCUUAGCCCUGGUGGUGGCCCAGCCAAUCUACUGCUCUGACCACCUUCCCCAGCCUGGAAGCUGCUGGACGGAGCUGCUGGCGAUCAAGUCGCCCAUUAUGCCGGGAACCUACCAGUGGACCCUGAGCCAGCAGGAGAAGCUGGCCAUCUGCGACAUUGGGCACGGGGAGACAGAGUGCCUGCCCCUCUACACGCUGAUGGAUGAAAGGCUAGGCAGCAGCUUGAACGGCCUGGACCUCCUGUACCACAGCAACCGGGCCUUGGCUUACAGAGACCUGGACCUAAAUUUGGAUCUGCCUGGCUCCAGCAAGCCCGAGGACAGGUGUGGUGGAGAGGUGUCCGGGGGUUCCUCCUUCACCAGCGACUCCACGGCUGACCUGCGGCCGCCAUCGCCCAUCAACCUGCGCCGUAGUAUUGAUGAGGCGCUCUUCAGCGAGGACCUCUUUCCCAUAAGCCUCUUCAGACCGUCCAUACCCUUUUGCUGCAGUGACCUGUCACUCAACAUCCCCUACUCCACGUCCACCCUGCCCAAUGGUGGCCAGGUGCUUCGAGAGACCCUCUCAGCUGACCCAGGCCUGUACCGGACGACCUCCUGCGUGGAGAUGGCCCCUCCUCCCCCAACCCCUCUAACAAACCGACCUAUGGCAGGCGACACCAUCCUGGGUGCUCCACCAUCUCCCUCCCUGUCCUCCAACUCCUCUUCCCCAGAACGCUGGAGGGGAAGUUCUUCCUCCUGCUCCCUGUACAGACCCUCAUUAGAGGGGUCCUCUCUGGUCCUCUGUUCCAGCCCAGAGGGGCACGCCCAACCCUCAUCCCUAGGCGGCAGCUCAAACCGCAUUACAGCCUCCAGCCACCAGGGCUCACACAUGCAGAGAUACUAUCGCACACUGGGGUCAGCCUCACAGGAGAGUCUUGACCUAGAGUCUGAAGCGGACCGGUCCGUACAAGAGGAGUUCAUCAAUGUCUGCAGACAGAUUGAUGCGAUGAGCAUCUGCAGUGAGACAAUUGACCUGUAGGCAGAGCUCUCAACAGUCAAGGGCUAAAGGCUGAGGACUGGACUGAAAUAAGGUGUUGUGAAGAAGGAUUCAAGAUGGCGUCACAAUCUGUAAGGAGCAACGAGUGGUUUGAUUCAUCAGGCUAGCCUUCAUUGUCAAGAAAGGUAAAACAGUGCUUAAAUGAACUGAGGGUUUGUUUGAGAAUGUUGACAAGAGUCUUAAGUGCCACAGAAUGCCACAUGCCAAGGAGAAAUUUGUGACAUUUUUUUCCACAUUUGCUAUUGGAUGAUGAAGUUUGAUACGUUAAUAAAAGUUGCGUUUUCCUGUGCAUUUCAAGAGGGGCACAGGAAUGCAAAAUACAUUUGUAGAAAACGUUUUGCAUUCAAAUAAAUAAUACUGUGAUUGAAAUAAGCACUUAAUAAACGACUACUGAAAUCAUGUUUUAAUAUUUUAACAUACUCUUAUCCAGAUUGUGAGUGCAUACAUUCUCAUACUUUUUCCCCUUCUCCAUACUGGUCCCCUGUGGGAAUCAAACCCUGGUGUUGCCAGCACCAUGCUCUACCAACUGAGCUACACGGGACUGAUAAAACAAAUGUACUUUUCAUAGAGUAAGAUUGUUAUUCAAUGCCAAGUUGUUUCAAUUCAGUAAAAUAUCAUUGUGUUUGUGAGCCUCUACAUGAAGAAUUAGACAUGUUAGAGAUGUGCUUUAAGAUCCAUCCAAUAAAGGAAAGCUUGAUUUGAACUAAAGGCAACAUUUAGCGGAGCAGCAGUGAACUAUACUGGUAGGAUAGCACCGAUACUAUUGUGCUUUAACUUCGGACUGACACACAGUACAUUUUAUAUGAGCCGCUUGAUAUUUUAUUAAUGUUAAAAAAAUACUUUACUCAAAACAUGAUUAAAUAAAGAGAAAUGUCAACA